GAGAUAACGAAGUGCUGUUGGAAGCUGCACAUGCGAUAACGUUACAUAAAGAUGGCUGGCCUUGGUCUACUGGUGGUGUUGAGUGUCCUUGGGGUGUCCCGGGCUUUGAACAACGGCCUCGCCCUCACCCCGCCCAUGGGUUUCCUGGACUGGGAGAGGUUCCGGUGUAAUACGGACUGUGUCAAUGACCCGGAUAACUGCAUCAGCGAGAAGUUGUUCAUGACGAUGGCAGACAUACUAGCGGAGGAGGGCUACCGCGACCUCGGCUACGAAUACAUCGGCAUCGACGACUGCUGGCUCAAAUCUCAGGACGCUGACGGCAACCUCGUGGCAGACCCAGAGAGGUUCCCCAACGGUAUCCUCGGUCUCUCUCGAUAUGUACAUUCACGUGGGCUAAAACUGGGUAUCUAUGGAGACGUCGGUACCAAGACAUGCGCAGGGUACCCUGGGAGCCAGGACUACACGAAGCAGGACGCCGAGACGUUUGCAAGAUGGGAACUAGACUUGCUCAAGUUUGAUGGCUGUAACACAGAUGUAAACCGCUCGGCAAUACAUUUCCCGUUAAUGAGCCAAAGCCUGAACGCGACUGGCAGACCUAUCCUCUUUACGUGUGAAUGGUUUAGUGCAGACCUGACCAAGCACUCCCACUACAUCAACAACAGCGAGUACUGCAACACCUGGAGGACGCUGAAGGACGUUCAGGACAACUGGCCGUCAGUCCUUGGCAUCAUCCAAGCUUACGCCCAAAAUGUCGGGGACUUCAUCUCAGUAUCAGGUCCAGGGUCAAUCAACGACCCUGAUCAGCUGAUCAUCGGGGACUUCAGUCUGAGUUAUGACCAGGAGAGGGCUCAGUUCGGGAUGUGGGCGAUGUUUGCCGCCCCACUCUACAUCUCCGCUGAUCUGAGGACCAUCAGACCACAGGCCAAGGCCAUUCUACAAAACAAGGGCGUCAUUGCCAUCAACCAGGACCCACUUGUAAAGGGAGCCAAUAUGAUAAAAGAGAUUCAAAACGUGCAGGUCUGGCUGAAGCCUUUGGUCAAACCCGGCAGUUAUGCAGUCGCUUUCUUCAACCCGAACUCUGCUGGCACGCCAACGCGCAUGUCCCUGACCCUGGCGGAUAUCACACUGACCAAUCAGAACGGCUAUAACGUUACUGACGUGUUUGAUGACGUCAGUAUGGGAAUGUUCAAGCCGAGUGGUCAGUUCAAUGUGACUGUCAACCCAACAGGAAUUGUGCUGGUCAAGGCGGUUCCUCUUUGAGACAUAUUAAGAUAAAGUCACUGGUGUUUAAUGGCUUUUUGAACAUAAAUUAUGAAUACGUUCAUUAGAUGACGGUGGUCAAGGGGGUUGUAACAUACUAUAGUCUGUUUGCAGUGAAAACGUACCGAUGAAUUUCACGUUAAACAGAAAAGUAAAUCAAAUAAAGAAAAAUUAUGAUUGCGAAUCCUCAUAUCUUUACCUUGCCAGUUUAACAUAAAAAUCACAGAGUUUUAUUUAACUUAGGAUAAAAGGUGUUUAACAAACGAUCAUAGUUUCAAAUCGAUGUAAUUGGUUUGUAUUACAAGGGGGUAUGCACAUUAAAUGAAGCCCCGAGAACA